GGGUGGAACUUAAAAGAAAGAAGCACGCGGAUGCGGAGGAUGAGGAAGAGAGAGAUCCAUGGCAUACUAAAUAGUCACACACAACUGGAAGAGAGAGAGGGAGAGAAUCCUAGAGAGAGAGAGGGACCAUAGGAAAAAUGGGGAAGGGUCCCUUCUCUUUCAAGCGCAGCAGCAGCAGCGUACGACGCCGCCCCAAGAAGCUCAUUGGCACUCCACCUUCCCCUUUUCCCUCUCCGCCGCAGCCGAUUCGGUCUCCCCCGCCCUCCAACAGUGUCAAUGUUAACAGUACCAAUACGAAUAAUACUAGUCUCAGCGCGGUUGUUGCUGGCGGCGCCGGCGGUGGAGUGAAGGGGAAGAAGAAGGCUGGAGGAGCCAGGCUUUGGAUGCGGUUUGACCGCUUCGGCGUAUCAGAGCUCGUUGAGUGUGAUAAGAACGCUAUCAUUCGACGCGCUGCCAUUCCCGCCCGGGACUUGAGGAUUCUCGGCCCUGUCUUCUCCCAAUCCUCCAGCAUCCUUGCCAGGGAGAAGGCCAUGGUGGUUAAUUUAGAGUUUAUAAAGGCUAUAGUUACAGCCGAAGAGGUUUUGUUGCUUGAUCCUCUUCGGCAGGAGGUUCUUCCAUUUGCAGAUCAGCUAAGGCAACAACUUCCUCAGAAAAGCCAAUCCAGGAUACAAGAAGCAAGUCCACUUGAUGAACAAGAUAAUGGAAUGGAUGCUUCAACUAUAAGGCAAUGGUUACCUGUUCCCGAGGCUGUUGAAGGAUUGCAGUGUGAUCUCCCAUUUGAGUUUCAGGUUCUGGAGGUUGCAUUAGAAGUUGUCUGUAUAUACUUGGAUUCUAGUGUGGCAGAACUUGAGAGAGAAGCCUACCCUGUGUUAGAUGAACUGGCUAGAAAUGUUAGCACCAAAAACCUUGAACUUGUGAGGAGUUUGAAAAGCAAUCUUACCCGUUUGCUUGCACGUGUCCAGAAGGUGAGGGAUGAAAUUGAACAUUUGUUGGAUGACAAUGAAGAUAUGGCACAAUUAUAUUUAACAAGGAAAUGGAUGCAGAAUCAACAGCCUGAGGCUUUGUUGGGGCGUUCUGCAUCAAAUAGAAUCUCUGCACCCCAUCUUCGUCGGCUUGGUUCUAACAGAAGUGGGAGUUUGGUAACCAGUAACAAUAUGGACUACGAUGAUGUAGAAGAUCUAGAGAUGCUGCUUGAGGCAUAUUUUAUGCAGCUGGAUGGAACCCGUAACAAGAUAUUAUCUGUGCGGGAGUAUAUUGAUGACACGGAGGAUUAUGUCAACAUACAACUUGACAACCAACGAAACGAACUCAUUCAGCUCCAGUUGACAUUGACCAUUGCAUCAUUUGCGGUAGCGGUGGAGACCUUGAUAUCUGGGAUAUUUGGUAUGAACAUCCCCUGUAUCUUAUACGACAAGGAUGGGAUAUUUGAGGCCUUUGUUGGGGGUAUUACAGCAUUUUCCGUGUUACUCUUCUUUCUCGUCUUCGGGUAUGCGAGGUGGAAAAAGCUGCUUGGUACAUGAGUCGAGCCUGUCAUCCGUCGUAGAUAGUACUGGAUUCACAAACUUAUUUACGAACCCUAAAGCAACGUCUUUGUAAAUAAGCUUGUGGUUUCAUGUUGUAUGAGCACAAGGAGUUUGUUAGGGAUUUCAUGGCUUGGUAUGCUGCCAGAUUCGUUUCGAAUUACAUGGCAUGUAGUUUAGUAUAGUGUUGCAUAUGAUAAACUGAUGAAUGAAUUUUCUUGGGUCAAAAUUAACAAGCGUUUUUGUUAAUUUGAAGAAAAUACAUGGAAUACUUAGAGCUAAUGGAAAACUUGACUCAAAAUCGAGCUCAUUGGCAUUUUAGGAUGUAUACGGCAGACUCUACUUAAUAAGUUCAAGCUCUUUGUUGUUGUAUAAUUAACUAGUAUUUUUGUUAA